GAGCAAGCGACCGCAGCACUGCAGCAGCAGCUGUAGCUUGUACGUGCACAAGCAGCUCGCCCGGUCGCGAUGGCAGCUAGAGCGGCGCUCCUCCUGGCUGUGGGCCUGGUCCUGGCCGCCGUGGCGAACGCGACCAACUGCCCGCCCCCGCCGGCCCCGACGCCGCCGACGCCGACGCCCAGCGGCGGCCACCACUGCCCCAGGGACGCGCUGAAGCUGGGCGUGUGCGCCAACGUGCUGGGCCUCGUCAAGGCCAAAAUUGGCUCGCCGCCGUACCUGCCCUGCUGCUCGCUGCUGGACGGGCUCGUCGACCUGGAGGCCGCCAUCUGCCUCUGCACUGCCAUCAAGGCCAACAUCCUCGGCAUCAACCUCAACCUCCCCAUCGACCUCAGCCUCAUCCUCAACAACUGCGGCAAGAGCUGCCCCAACGACUUCCACUGCGCAUAGAUCGUCCACUGAUCGAUCGUCCUCGCUCCUCCAUCGCCGGCGGCCGCGGUCGUCCAUUCUGUCAUUGCGUGGCGAGAUGAUGAUGCUUUGCUUGCUCUGUGGCUGAUCAUCUUGCUGUCAGUUCGAGCUUGUUUGUUUUUAUUCGUUUUGUGAUACAAAUUGAUGAGUGGUUGCACGUUACAUGUGUUUGCCUGGGUGAGGGUGAUCAGUUAAUUACUGAUCAUGUUAUUCCUGAUCUGUUUCUAUGGUUUGUCCCGUAAAUGAAGUUGUAAUUUCUUUCUGAUAAAGCUGAGUGUGUGGAAUGAUGGAAUUCAUUUGGACUUGUAAUACUGGAA